CUGCUCCGAGCGCAGCUGGGAGCGAGCGAGCCGCCCGGCAUGGCCUGGAACACCAACCUUCACUGGCGGCUGCCCAUCACCUGCCUGGUCCUGCAGGCGGCCAUGGUGGUGCUCUUCGGCGUAUUCGUGCGCUACGAUAUCCACGCUGAUGUCCACUGGUGGUACGAGAGGAAUCGAAAGAACCUCAGCAACAUGGAGAACGAAUUCUACUAUCGCUACCCGAGCUUCCAGGACGUGCACGCCAUGGUCUUCGUGGGCUUUGGUUUCCUCAUGACCUUCCUGCAGCGCUACGGGUUCGGCGCCGUGGGCUUCAACUUCCUGCUGGCGGCCUUCGGCAUCCAAUGGGCACUGCUCAUGCAGGGUUGGUUGCACCACUUCGAAGGCAAACACAUUUACCUGGGCAUCGAGGGUCUCAUCAAUGCCGACUUCUGCGUGGCCUCUUCCUGCGUGGCCUUUGGAGCAGUUCUGGGCAAAGUCAGCCCUGUCCAGCUGCUUAUCAUGACUUUCUUCCAAGUGACCCUCUUCUCAGUGAACGAGUACAUUGUCCUGAACCUACUGAAGGCGAAGGAUGCAGGAGGCUCCAUGACCAUCCACACAUUUGGUGCCUACUUUGGGCUCACAGUGACCUGGAUCCUCUACCGGCGCAAUCUAGAGCAGAGCAAGCAGAGGCAGAGUUCGGUGUACCACUCUGACCUGUUUGCCAUGAUCGGCACCCUCUUCCUGUGGAUGUACUGGCCCAGCUUCAAUUCAGCCAUUUCAAACCACGGAGACAGCCAGCACCGAGCAGUCCUCAACACCUACUGCUCCUUGGCAGCCAGCGUGCUCACCUCAGUGGCAGUGUCCAGCGCCGUGCACAAGAGGGGCAAGCUAGACAUGGUGCAUAUCCAGAACGCCACGCUUGCAGGUGGAGUGGGCGUUGGCACAGCUGCGGAGAUGAUGUUGAUGCCUUAUGGUGCCCUCAUCGUGGGCUUCUUCUGUGGCCUCUUUUCCACCCUGGGAUUCGUGUACCUGACUCCGUUCCUGGAAUCCCAUCUACGAAUUCAAGACACAUGCGGCAUUCACAACCUGCAUGGCAUCCCUGGCAUCAUAGGUGGCAUCGUGGGUGCCGUGACAGCAGUCUACGCCCAACCUAAUGUAUAUGAGACUGGGUUUCUCCAUCCCUUUCACUUUGAAAGUUUAAAUCCUGACUCCAGUUCCACCCAAGCCCAGGGCAAGUUCCAGGUGUACGGCCUCCUCGUGAGCUUGGCCAUGGCCCUGGUGGGCGGCGCUAUCGUGGGUCUCAUUUUGAGGCUACCAAUCUGGGGACAAGCUGCUGAUGAGAACUGCUUUGAUGACACCAUUUACUGGGAGAUUCACGAAGAGAACGCUGUCUACCUUCCUGAGGAUCCCACCCUCAAACCUCCAACUCCUCUGGUACCCUCGCUACCAUUGGCGUCCGCGGUACCUACAACAUCCUUGGUACCCUAAACUCCUAGUGCAGGAUCCUGAAAUUGUCCAAGGGCUCUUCAAGGAGCUGAGGCUGACCUAGCUGGGGACUUGGGAGCAAGGCAGCUGGAAGACCCACUGGCCUGACCCUAGGCCACCUGCGUCCCCCCCCCCCCCAAGCCUUCCUUCAUCCCAGGGGCCCUGCCUGACAAUGGACAAGCUUAAACAGGACGGGCUCAAAGCCAGGGUCAACUGCAGAAGAUCCGUCUCUGCCUGGAGUCAUGGCGCCCGCGUACGGAGGAAAGCUGGUAUGGAGUUGGGCUGGGUCCUGAUGAGGGACUGGACCCUGCCAGGAGGCACUGCCUCCUAGACUCUUCAGCUCCUGCCUGUCCCUCAGUCACACCUCCUAUGCUUUCUAAGACCCCCCUAAACCACUUCACGCUGUGUAGUGAAUAAACGUUGUCUAUGUUCUUUGUA